AUGGCAGACCCAAAGGAAGACGAGAAAGAGACGAAAGAAGAUGAAAUAGCCAAAGCCGCGGCUGAUGAAGAGGAAGACGACGAUGAGGACGAUGCAGCCAAUGGUGAUGCUGCCGCCGGUGGGCAAACCAAGAAGAAGAAAAAGAAGAAAAAGAAAAAGAAGAAAAAGGGAGGCGGCGGUGCCAACUUGGUAGUGGGAACCCCUUCCAAAAAACCACCUGCUAGAGGACUGAAAGAGACAGCCUAUACGGACUACUAUGUCAAGUACGGACAAACAGAGCCUCCCACCAUUCCCGUUGCCGACCUUUUUGUCGGGAAAGAGUUUCCAAAGGGAGAAAUACUCCCUCACCCGUUGCCCAGCCAGGCUUUCCGAGAAACAUCCGAAGAAGUGCGAUCCCGGGAACGCCUCCACGAAGACCUCUACAGCAAAGUGAGACAAGCUGCGGAAGUUCAUCGUCAAGUAAGGGCAUAUGCCCAAUCCUUUAUUAAGCCAGGAAUCAAGCUGGCGGAUAUGUGUCGCGACUUGGAAAACAAAAACAGAGAAUUGAACCAGGAACAUGGUUUGGAACGGGGCAUUGGAUUCCCCACGGGAUGUUCCUUGAAUCACGUGGCGGCACACUACACUCCCAAUCCAGGAGACGACACUGUACUGCAACACGAUGACGUAAUGAAGGUCGAUUUUGGAGUGCAAAUUGAUGGACGCAUCAUUGACAGUGCCUGGACGGUGGCAUUCAACCCCGUAUACGACCCACUUCUACAAUCGGU